GUCGGGCGGCCGUCGCCGGCUUAAACGCCAGGGCCGAGGGUCACGUGGGCGGGCGUGGGGGCGUGGCACCCGGAAGCGGCCUCCGGAUCGCCCCGCCGCCGCCCGGCCGGACCCGGUGCCCUCCUGGGUGCCGCUCGCCCUGCCCCGCGCUGGCUGCCGCCCCCGCGCCCCCCGGCCCCCCGGCGCCGCCCGCCAUGGGCGAGGAGGACUACUACCUGGAGCUGUGCGAGCGGCCGGUGCACUUCGAGAAGGCGAACCCCGUCAACUGCGUCUUCUUCGACGAGGCCAACAAACAGGUGUUCGCGGUGCGAUCUGGCGGAGCCACGGGGGUGGUGGUGAAAGGCCCGGAUGACCGGAACCCCAUCUCCUUCAGAAUGGAAGACAAAGGAGAAGUGAAAUGCAUUAAGUUUUCCUUAGAAAACAAGAUACUAGCUGUCCAGAGGACCUCAAAGGCUGUGGAGUUUUCUAAUUUUAUCCCGGAUAGUUCUCAGUUAGAAUACACUCAAGAGUGCAAGACCAAGAAUGCCAGCAUACUAGGGUUCUGCUGGACCAGUUCCACGGAGAUCGUCUUCAUCACAGACCAGGGAAUCGAGUUUUACCAGGUAUCUGUGCGUCACUGCUGCUGGAGGAAGGUCUGCAGGAGCAGCUUGGCGGUGUUGCCGGAGAAGCGGAGCCUGAAGCUCCUGAAGAGCCAGAGCCUGAACGUGAACUGGUACCUGCACUGCCCCGAGAGCUCCGUCAUCCUGCUCUCCACCACCGUCCUGGGCAGCGUGCUGCAGCCCUUCCACUUCCGGGCUGGCACCAUGACAAAGCUGCCCAAGUUUGAGAUUGAGUUACCAGCGGCGCCCAAGUCCACUAAACUGAGCCUUUCUGAGAGAGACAUUGCCAUGGCAACCAUCUACGGGCAGCUGUACGUCCUCUUCCUGCGGCACCACUCGCGGGCCUCCAGCAGCGCGGGAGCCGAGGUGGUGCUGUAUCAUCUGCCCCGAGAAGGCGCCUGUAAGAAGACGCACAUCCUGAAGUUGGGCCGCACGGGGAAGUUCGCCCUGAACGUGGUGGACAACCUGGUGGUCGUGCACCAUCAGGACACGGAGACAUCAGUAAUAUUUGACAUCAAGUUACGGGGAGAGUUUGAUGGCACCGUUACCUUCCAUCACCCCGUGCUUCCUGCUCGAUCCAUUCAGCCCUAUCAGAUCCCCGUGGCAGGUCCCGCUCCUGUGACCAGCCAGUCUCCGGUCCCGUGUAAGCUCUACUCCUCGUCCUGGAUCGUCUUUCAGCCGGACAUCAUCAUCAGCGCAAGCCAAGGUUACCUCUGGAACCUGCAGGUGAAGCUGCAGCCCAUCGUCAACCUCCUGCCAGACAAAGGACGCCUGAUGGACUUUCUCCUCCAGAGAAAGGAGUGCAAGAUGGUCAUCCUGGCCGUCUGCUCCCAGAUGCUGAGUGGGUCAGACAGAGCGGCCCUGCCCGUGGUAGCCACUGUCUUCGACAAGCUCAACCAGGAGUACAAGAGGUACCUGGACGCCGAGCAGAGCUACGCGGUGGCGGCGGAAGCUGGGCAGAGCCGGUGCAGCCCGCUCCUCCGCAGGCCGGUGCGGACCCAGGCCGUGAUCGACCAGUCCGACAUGUACACCCACGUGCUGUCGGCACUGACGGAGAAGAAGGAGACGCCCCCCAAGUUUGUGAUCGCCGUGCUGAUGGAGUACAUUCGCUCGCUCAACCAGUUCCAGGUUCCAGUGCAGCACUACCUGCACGAGCUCGUCAUCAAGACGCUGGUCCAGCACAACCUGUUCUACACGCUGCACCAGCUCCUGCAGUACCACGUGCUCAGCGACUCCAAGCCUCUGGCGUGUCUGCUGUUAUCCCUGGAGAGCUUCUACCCUCCUGCUCACCAGCUGUCGCUGGAUAUGUUGAAGGUAAGGUGCGUUCAUGUUUCUGGGGCGUACGCGUCUGCUGUGCUGGCACUCACUUGGGCUUCUCUCCAGCGCCUCUCCACCGCGAACGAUGAGAUCGUGGAAGUCCUGCUGUCCAAGCACCAGGUGCUGGCCGCCUUGCGGUUCCUCCGGGGCGUGGGGGGCCACGACAGCGUCUCUGCACGCAAGUUCCUGGAUGCUGCGAAGCAGACCGAAGACCGCAUGCUCUUCUACACCAUCUUCCGCUUCUUCGAGCAGCGGAACCAGCGCUUACGGGGGAACCCCAGUUUCACCCCAGGAGAACACUGCGAAGAACACGUGGCUUUUUUCAAACAGGUUUUUGGAGACCAUGCUCUCAUGAGGCCUACGACGCUCUGAAAUCACACGCUCGUUUUUAUAUAUAAAAAUAUGUAUAAAGUUAAUUUAUUGCAUUAAUAAAGCUCUUUAAACUACAAAAUACUAUAAUAAAGUACCUGCAACAUCCUCAAA